AAAAAGUUGAUUCGAAAACUUUGUGGCUAAGUGUACGCGUGGGGAGAACGCGUGAACCAGUACGAUAAAUACACAAGGCGCAACGGCUUAUUAAUAACAACACGUAACACAGCAGGAGAAUUUUGUUUAAUCUUCCAAAACCAAAAAUUGAGAAAAAACAAAAAAAAAAAAAAAGCUCGCACAGAAUUGAGGAGAAUCCGAAUUCCGAAUUCCGAAUUCCUAUUAGCCUUUGCGGGUUUUUAACUAAAGUAAGAAACAGAAAAAAGAUGGGAGAUCGAAAGGACAAUCACGACGAAACUCAGGACAAAGGGCUGUUCUCUGGUCUUGCAGCAUAUGCCGCCGGAGCUGGAAGAGGGCAUUACCCUCCGCAUCCCGGACCUUAUCCUUAUCCUCCACAAGUAGGAUAUCCACCGCACGUUGGAUAUCCUCCACACGUAGGAUAUCCUCCACAUGGCGGAUAUCCUCCUCCUCCGCCCGGAUAUCCUCCCAUGGCUGGUGGGUACCCACCUGCAGGGUACCCUCCGGCAGGGUACCCUCCCCCUCAUGGAUAUCAUCCAUCGGGUUAUCCCGGCCCUUCUCAUUCAGGACAUGGAAUGGGAGCAGUCCUGGCUGGCGGCGCAGCAGCGGCAGCAGCUGCUUAUGGGGCCCACCACAUGGCGCAUGGACAUGGUGGAUACGGCCAUCAUCAUGGAGGAUAUUACGGACACUACCCUCACCACGGGAAAUUUAAGCACGGAAAGUCCAAGCACGGGAAGCAUGGAAUGUUCGGGAGGCACAAGUUCAUGAGGUACAAGAAAUUGAAGUGAUUAUGUAUGUACCCGUCUCGAUCAACGG